GAAAAAUGGAAGAUGCAGCGGGGGUGGACUGACCGAUCAGUUUUCUCCUAGCUCUGAGACGAGAUUCCUAUCAGAACAAAGCACUGUGCACUUGAGAUGGAAUUUUCCUGGGUAACUGGCCAGGAAUACCAACGCCUGCUGCUCUCUUUUCUUCUCCUUUCAAUCUGGGAAGCAGGGAACAGCCAGCUCCAUUACUCCAUCCCAGAGGAGGCCAAACACGGCACCUUCGUGGGCCGCAUCGCACAGGAUCUAGGGCUGGAGCUGGCAGAACUGGUGCCCCGCCUGUUCAGAGUGGCGUCCAAGGACCGCGGGGACCUUCUGGAGGUAAAUCUGCAGAAUGGCAUUUUGUUUGUGAAUUCUCGGAUCGACCGGGAGGAGCUGUGCGGGCGCAGCGCGGAGUGCAGCAUCCACCUGGAGGUGAUCGUGGACAAGCCGCUGCAGGUUUUCCACGUGGAGGUGGAGGUGAGGGACAUUAAUGACAACCCGCCGGUGUUCCCAGGGACACAAAAGAAUCUGUUGAUUGCGGAAUCCAGACUGAUUGACACUCAGUUUCCACUAGAGGGCGCCUCGGAUGCAGAUGUCGGUACAAAUGCUCUGCUGACUUAUAGGCUAAGUCCCAAUGAACACUUUUUGUUGGAAAAACCAUCCAACGAUGAACGGGUAAAAGGCCUUGGGCUUAUAUUACGAAAAUCUUUAGACCGAGAGGAAACUCCAGAGAUAUUUUUAGUGCUCACGGCUACCGACGGAGGCAAACCCGAGCUGACUGGCACCGUUCAGUUACAUAUCACAGUGCUGGACGCCAAUGACAAUGCUCCAGUCUUCGAUAGAUCUCUCUAUACCGUGAAAUUACCAGAAAAUGUUCCAAAUGGAACACUGGUAAUCAAAGUCAAUGCCUCAGAUUUAGACGAAGGUGCAAAUGGGGACGUUAUGUACUCGUUUUCUACAGAUAUUUCACCAAAUGUGAAAUACAAAUUCAACAUAGACUCAGUUACAGGACAGAUUACUGUAAAGGGACACAUUGAUUUUGAAGAAUGCAAUUCCUACGAAAUUCUCAUAGAGGGCAUUGACAAGGGACAACUCCCACUCUCCGGACACUGUAGAGUUCUUGUAGAAGUUGAAGACAUCAACGAUAAUGUCCCAGAGUUGGAAUUCAAAUCUCUAUCACUUCCAAUCAGAGAGAAUGCUCCAGUGGGCACUGUCAUCGCACUCAUCAGUGUGUCUGAUCGGGACACGGGUGUCAACGGGCAGGUGACCUGCUCCCUAACAAAUCAUGUCCCCUUCAAGCUGGUGUCCACCUUCAAGAACUACUAUUCCCUCGUGCUGGACAGCUCCCUGGACCGAGAGACCACAGCGGACUAUAAGGUGGUGGUGACAGCCCGAGACAGAGGCUCUCCCUCGUUGUGGGCCACAGCCAGCGUGUCCGUGGAGGUGGCUGACGUGAACGACAACGCUCCUGUGUUCGCGCAGCCCGAAUACACAGUGUUCGUGAAGGAGAACAACCCGCCUGGCGCGCACAUCUUCACGGUGUCUGCAGUGGACGAAGAUGCGCAGAAGAAUGCGCUGGUGUCCUACUCGCUGGUGGAGCGACGGGUGGGCGAGCGCUUGCUGUCAAGCUAUGUGUCUGUGCACGCGGAAAGCGGCAAGGUGUUUGCGCUGCAGCCUCUGGAUCAUGAGGAGCUGGAGCUGCUGCAGUUCCAGGUGAGCGCGCGGGAUGCUGGUGUGCCUGCCCUGGGCAGCAAUGUGACUCUGCAGGUGUUUGUGCUGGAUGAAAAUGACAACGCACCCACACUGCUGGAACCUGAGGCAGGAGUCUCUGGUGGAAUCGUGAGCCAGCUAGUGUCCAGAUCAGUGGGUGCAGGCCAUGUGGUGGCCAAGGUGCGCGCGGUGGAUGCGGACUCUGGCUAUAAUGCAUGGCUCUCUUAUGAGCUGCAAUCGUCAGAAGGCAGUUCCCGUAGCCUUUUCCGCGUGGGUCUGUAUACGGGCGAGAUUAGUACUACUCGCAUCCUGGAUGAAGCAGAUUCGCCGCGUCAGCGCCUUCUGGUGCUGGUGAAGGACCAUGGUGACCCAGCAAUGACUGUUACCGCCACAGUGUUAGUGUCGCUGGUAGAAAAUGGCCCGGUACCAAAGGCUCCAUCACGAGUGUCCACGAGUGUCACAAACUCGGAGGCGGCACUGGUGGAUGUCAACGUGUAUUUGAUCAUCGCCAUCUGUGCAGUGUCCAGCCUGCUUGUGCUCACGCUGCUGCUGUACACUGCCCUCCGCUGUUCCUCUGUCUCCAAUGAGAGCGUGUGUGGGCCUCCAAAGCCGGUAAUGGUGUGCUCCAGUGCAGUGGGGAGCUGGUCAUACUCUCAGCAAAGGAGGCAAAGGGUGUGUUCUGGGGAGUACCCACCUAAGACCGACCUCAUGGCCUUUAGUCCCAGUUUAUCUGACUCAAGGGACAGAGAGGAUCGAUUGCAGUCUACAGAGGAUUCCUCUGGAAAGGUUAGUUUUACUAUUGUCUUUGACUUGACCUUUUCAUAAGUGUCUUAUUAUCACAUUCUUCACAGAUUUAUUUAUUACUGGAUAUGGCAUUCUUGCGUGGUGAUAGUUUUCCUUUGGGAGUUUGACUAUAUCUUCUAGCAUGCAAAAUUUCUGCCGAAAAUUCUGCUGAUAAGCUUUUCGGUGUUCCAGCUGCUGUAAAAUUUCUGUCGUCAUUGUUGAUUCUUGACAAUAAAUUUGUAGAUGUGGCUUUUCUUAGUUUCCUCCUCUCUGAACUAUGCUAAGGUUUUGACUAUCCAUUUCUUCCUCAGAUUUACAGGGUUUAAGCUAUAAUUCCAAAGGUAAGAUUUCUGCUGUUCUCUUCUCUCUGUGAAUAACACAAUGCAAAUAUUU